GUAGAAAAAAAAUUGGCCGAGAUGUCAGAAUUGACUUACACAAUCCUAAGGCUUCCAACAGUAUAUGGUUUAGGAGACAAAAAUGGUUUGAUGCCUAGAAUAAUGGCUACCGCUAUUUAUAAGCACAUGGGCGAAACUAUGAAAUUACUAUGGAAUGCUGAAUUGAAAAUUAGUACUGUUCAUAUUAACGAUGUGUGUAGAGCUAUUUGGUUUGUUAGUAAUCGAGAUGACACAAAUGGACAGAUAUACAACGUAGUUGACGACGCCGAUUCAACCCAAGGUUCAAUAUCCAACAUCCUAGCAGAUAUAUUCAAUGUAAAAGUCGACUAUUACGGAAACAUAGUGUCCGCAGUAGUCGAUCUAGUCGGCGCCGCCGAUGAUGCCAACGACAAGCAUCUAGUCCCUUGGGCCGAAGUCUGUCGCAAAGAUGACAUCUUAAAUACGCCAUUAUCACCGCACAUGGACUCCGAACUACUACUGCACAAACAUUUAAGACUGGACGGAGGUAGGUUAAAGCAACUUGGAUUUACGUUGUCCGAACCUCGACCCACGGUUGAAAAUGUUAAAGAAAUUUUGGAUGAUUUUGUUAAAAUGAAGGUUUUUCCUGUCUCUUUACUGCCUUAGGUUUAUUUUUGACAAGCAAUUUUUACUGAUUAAAGCACUAAUUUUGUAACGCAUUGCCUUAAAUCAUUAGAUAGAGAAAUUCAGUAUUACCUUUUAAAAAUGUUGCAUAAAAUUAUAUAAAUAUGUUAUUAAUAUAAAUGAACCAUUUAUUUUAAAAGUGGUCUAAGUCCAUUUGUACUUAAAUUGAGAUAUCUAAGGGUUUAUGUAAACUUUGUUUAACUGCAUUAAUUAAAUGUACUGUUUAUUCAACUAAUGCAAUUGUCCAAAAACUGAGGUUAAUUUGUUAAAUACUAAUUAAUUCAAAUUACCUUCAUUACUGCCUUCGGAUAUUAUCGAUAAUGAAUAUCUUAAUUUAAAUAUAACUGGACUUGGGCCACUUUUAAAAUAAACGACUCAAAUGUUAUUUAUUGGGAGAUUGAUAACUAUUUUUUUUUUAAUAAUUUCUUAGCCUUCAAUUACUGUAGUGAAAAAUUUAAAUCAAUUUAACUGGAUAAAAUAAGUGACACUCUUAUAAAAAAAAGUACUUUUUAGAAUCAGCCAUACUCAAUCUUUUUUUCCUUCAGGCCACAUUCGUUUAUGUGCUAUGUUACACGGGCCGCAAUAUUUUGUUUUAAAAAAAGACUUAAUAAUUUUUUCCGGGUUUAGUAUUUCCAUUAAAGAUUUAGAUUCACUUUCCAUGAAGGUUUCCUUUGUCAAAGGGAAACCUGCAAAAGCUAGAGAUUUAACCCAAUUAACAAAAAUCAAUUCAUGUUCAGAAGAAAAUUUGCUUGAUGGUUCCAUUUUUCUACAAAUUGGAACUUGCCCUUUAUGCUUGUCUAUUAGCAUUAUUCUUGGAACGACGUUUUUUUGCUGCAGCAUCCCUCUAUUUACAUCUUUUAUAGCAGCUAACAUAGUUGCUUUAAAGUAAUUUAAAAUCUGUUUACGUUCCAUAUGUAAAUAAGAAUAAACAAAUAAAUCAGCAAAUCAUAUUGCUCCAAUGCUCCAAAAGUCGACUUGACGAAAGUCGGGCUUUGGAUCCACUUGAAAUAUUCGUUUCAAACAAUUAGUAGGCAGAAUGUUAUAAAAUAUUUGACAUACCUACCAACCCAUUUAAUAUUAUUUUAAUUUUUUUUAAGUCGACAUGCCUGUUGACUACUAGAACUAGAUCUUUUUUCUGUUCCAAAAGUGGACAAGCCGUUUUUUUCUUGUUACAAACAUGUCCUAACUAUCUUAACAAAUAUAUUAUGUUGCUAGUACAGUCUUAAUUUAAAAGUAAUUAAUAUUUUUAAAACAAAACUUUUUAACAUCAUUUGAUAAUACUUACUUCUUACUAAGUCACACAACAACUUUGCACAAAAUGGUACCUGAUGCACUCACUUUCAAUGUUACCUCUCUGUGUCAUUAACAAUAUAAGACCGGGAUAUGCAACACUCAGUGGGCCACUGGUGGGUACUAACAAUGAUGCCAAGUGAUAUAUUUUGUUUUAGAUUUACAGACGUUUCUUGUUUGUGGUAGUUGUAAUAUGAUCUUGUUAUUUUAUCUAUUUUUAUAGUGUUUUAAGCCCUAUGAUUUUGGGGAGUGGGUCAGGUUAUUAAACAACUCGUAUUGCUUUGAAAAAGAAUGUUGAGCGCCACUAUAUUUAAAACUUUCUAAACUUGACAAUCGAUUAGUGAUGAAAAUACAGAAAAUCACUAACCAUUAAGAUAUUAUAAUUAAAUAAGGUUUCAGAUAAGGCAGCGACAAAUUCUAAUUCACAGAGACUUACUUAUUCAAAUUUAAAUGAUUUGUUAAAAACUUAUCUGUGGUAUAACAGGUAGCAGGUACAGGGGAUUCGUAUGAUAGGCUUGGAUAUCAC